AUGGCCGAAGGCGUUAACGACGUAUGGCGUCGACAACAUUACCAUCAGAUGUCUCUGCCCAUUGACCAUUACUGGACAGAAUCCCAUGGUGCACCGAUGAGUGGUAUGCACGAUACGGAUCUUAGGAUGUUCCACACGGACUCGGCGGACUACCACACCUCGUUCAACGGCGAUGCAAGCUCGCUCAUUUCGCCGCAUAUGGGCUAUGUGCCAGACACGAAUUGGGGCUCGGACAUGGACAUUGGCACUCCUUCGACGGCCGGUUUCCCCAGCGACGUGGUGGAUGGGUACCACAACAUGAGGCAUACCAGCAAUCCCAGCCACCAUCUUGAUCUCCCAUCUUCAGCCAGACACGAACGCGUCGACUCGUCCGCUCAAAGCCCACGAAGCUCCCACGGGAACAUCAGCCCUCAUCAACCAUGUGCCAAGGUUCCUGAUAUAGCAGUCAAGGAAGAAAGACCGAAUCUUAUCCGCUCCAUCACUGCUCCGGCCGCACCGGAACAGCGGCCACGCAGGGGCGCUGUCCUCGCUACCUCUGGAACUCCUUCCAUCAAGCGAUCCGGCAGCGAGGACGAAGAUGACGAAUACAUCCCCAGUGAAGAUACCAAGCCACGUGGCAGGAAGCGCCAGCGUAUCCCCCACACCGCCGUCGAACGUCGAUAUCGCGAGAACCUCAAUGCGCACCUGGACAAGUUGAGACAGACCGUGCCCUCGCUGGCAUCGAAGCGCUCUGCCGGUGCGUCGAAGCCCGGCGAUGGCAUGGGAGAGGGCGUCAAGCCCAGCAAGUGUGAGAUUCUGAAUGGAGCCAUCGAACACAUCGGUGCGCUGGGCAAGGAGAACUCGGCGCUCAAGACGGAAGUGCAGGCCUUGCGGUCCAGACUUGAGGAUCUCGAGAGGUGGUGCACCGGUGCUCCUGCGCAGGCCUUUGGGAAGUAG